CCGACAUACGCCUGGACGCCUCGAAGGAAACAUUGAUACUGUCUGUUACUUGCACUCUUCGCGCCGUGUUCAAUGUUCAAUCAAUGAUCAUUGAUCAAUGGCUUCCAAUCUCACGCUUAAUGGAACAAUAGCAGACGCUCUCGCCAGUGACUGUGCUUUCGGCCCGGCAAGCUCCACGAGGGACUUUGACUUCACCCUGACCUUUGAGCAGAGCAUCUUGUCCAUCUUGCCCUCCGCGCUGCUCUUUCUCAUUGCACCUCUACGGCUGAUACAGCUAUCUCGAAGGACUUCUCGCACCUUACCCCACGUCGGUCAUGCGUUCAAAACGACGGCCGCGGCAAUUAACCUUGCUCUUCAAUUGACCCUGGUAAUAUUAUGGUCCUCCUCUCCUCUCAUUCGGCCUGGGACAAGCAUUCCUUCUGCCGUGCUAUCGUUUGUCAAUUCCGGUAUCAUCUUGAUCCUCUCGUACCUUGAAGACAAGAAGGCAACGAGGCCGUCUACCGUGCUCAAUAUCUAUCUCUUGUUAUCGAUCUUGCUCGAUGCAAGCCAAGUCCGAACUCUGUGGCUGAUUGAUUAUGACCAUGUUGCUGCUGUUCAGAGUGCCGCCAUCGGCAUCAAGAUUGUCAUGCUGCUCCUGGAGGCGCGGUCCAAAGUGCCUCAUCUUAUGGGGCCUUACAAGGACUAUCCUCCUGAAGCUACAAGCGGGAUUUGGAACCUGAGUUUUGUUUGGUGGUUGAACAGGCUCUUUGCCACAGGCUUUCGGAAGCUUAUGACCACCCAAGACCUGUUUGAUAUUGACCGUGACCUUACUUCUGAAGUACUCGGGGACACGCUGCAAAAUGCCUGGGACAAACGUGAAACCCCCGAGGGAUCGUAUGCGCUGCCAAAAGUUGUGGCUUGGUACUUUCGUUGGAAUCUCUUAGCAGCAGCUUUUCCUCGUCUAUGUAUGAUCGGCUUCAAUUUCGCUCAACCGUUCCUAAUCGCCUCGGCCAUCAACUACUUGGAGGGCCCCAGCGUCACACAAAACAAAAAUGAUGGUUACGGGUUGAUUGGAGCUGCAUUUCUUAUCUACUUUGGGAUCACGAUGUCGACUGUGCAUUUCAAGCAGCAAUUCUCGCGAGUUACUACCAUGUUCAGAGGAGGAAUGAUCUCGUUGCUUUAUAACAAGACUUUGUGCCUUCAAGAGGGGGCCAGUACAGAGAGCGCAGUUCUUACGCUUAUGACCACUGAUAUUGACAAUAUAAUCGAAUUUCUGGAAAAGAUCAAUAAUAUAUGGGCCGGCUCAGUGGAAAUUGCAAUCGGGACGUGGCUUCUUGAACGGCAACUGGGUGCGACAUGUGUUGUACCAUUGAUUGUUACACUUAUCUGUGUGAUCGGACAAGGAUGGGUUGCCAAGGCCAUUGGUAAAGAUCAACAGCGAUGGAACGAAGCCAUUCAACAGCGCGUCAAGAAUACUUCCUCGAUGCUCGGCUCGAUGAAGGCGAUUAAGCUUUCCGGACUCGUGGAGAAUACCUCGUCUAAUAUUCAAAGUGAAAGAGAACAAGAGUUGAAGACUUCUCGGCCGUUCUUCUGGGGUAUCAUGUGGCUCAACGGACUUGCGAGCCUUCCGAGAAUAUGGGCACCUGUGAUAUCCUUCAUUGUGUUUGCUAUUCAAGCCAAGGUCAAAGGAACAGGCUCAUUGACAACAGUGCAAGCAUUUGCCUCGUUGAGCAUUAUCACUCUUGUCACAUCUCCGGCUGAGGAAUUACUCGCUGUUGUACCUCAGAUUGCUGCUGCUUUGGGUUGUUUCAACCGUUUACAAGCAUACUUGACCUCCCCUUCAAGACAGGAUUCUCGACUUCAACUCUUCUCUAGGAAGUCUUCAUUGCCGUCAAUCCCUCACGAGAAAGGCCAUGGUGAUCUUGUACCCUCUUCCAUUCCACCAAAGAUUUUGCAACAACCACUUGCUAUCAUAGUGGAGAAAGCAACGAUCUUCCCAGCCCCUAACGCGACAGCAGCUGCUAUCACUGAUGCAAGCUUCACAGUUGAAGAUGGGUCAUUGACUGUUCUGCUUGGGCCUGUUGGUUCGGGCAAGACAAGCUUGAUCAAAGCUGUAUUAGGAGAACUGACCUGUAAAUCUGGUAGUAUAUCCGUAGCUUCUGAAGGCAUCGCAUUUUGUAGCCAGUCACCAUGGUUGCUCAAUACCUCUGUCAAAGAGAGUAUAUGUGGACCGAUAGGUUCAGAAAUCGACCAAGAGUGGUACGAAACAGUCCUGCACGCUUGCGCUUUAGACCAAGACGUCCUACAGUGGCCUGACGGAGAUCAAAGCUUGAUUGGGAGCAAAGGGCUCACGCUCUCAGGAGGGCAGAAACAGCGCGUGGCAUUGGCUCGAGCGGUUUAUGCUCGACAACAUACUGUUUUACUUGACGACAUUUUCAGUACUCUGGAUGCCAAGACACAAGAGAUGAUUAGUACCCGACUUCUGACAAAGGAAGGGCUUUUCCGUCGUCUCCAAACGACUGUGGUCUUGGUCACACACAAUGCUAGGUGUCUACGUCUUGCGGACAAGAUCGUUGUACUUGAUUCCUCGGGAAGAUCAAUUAUGCAGGGCACCUACGAUGAGUUAAGCCAACGAGAAGGAUUUUUGAAUUACACUACUACCGAAUCAAACGAAUCCACGGACAAGGUAGUUGUUCCAAUUCCAAAUAGUAACCAAAAAUCAGAUGAAGCAUCCCAAGGGGCUAAAACAGACACGAUCAUGGAACUGACCAGGCGUACCGGUGACCUCAAAGUCUAUUACUACUACAUUCGAAAUGUAAUGCCACUACUUUGGGUCGGCUUUGUUGUUGUGACGGCUUUAGUGGCAUUCGCGGAGAACUUUCCGUUCGUUUGGCUCAACUGGUGGACGCAAGCUGGAGGCCAGAAACUAUCUCUCUACCUGCCAGUGUAUGCGGUACUAGCUCUUAUGGCUUCCAUCCUCUCAAUUCUCUCUAUCUGGGUGGUGUUCCUGAACCUCAUGCCACAAGCCGCCAUCCGGCUCCAUCAGAUCUUGCUGAAUUCAGUCAUUCACGCUCCGCUAUCGUUCUUCGCAUCCACGGAUACUGGAGUAACUCUGAAUCGGUUCGCGCAAGACAUGAGCCUGGUUGAUCUCCCAUUACCGAUAGCACUACUUACUGUCUUCGGGUCGCUCUUCAGCUGCAUAGCCAAAGUUGCACUGAUAUCCACUGGAUCGUCCUACAUGGCAUUGACGAUUCCCUUCACUCUUAUAGCGAUCUAUCUCAUUCAAGACGUGUACCUCAAAACGAGUCGCCAACUUCGGUACCUGGACCUGGAGAAUAAAAGCCCGCUGUACUCACAUUUCAUAGAGACUCUCGACGGCCUCGCUACAAUUCGUGCUUUCGGCUGGGAGCACAAAGCUAAAGAGACACAGAAUAGGAAAUUGGAUCAUUCGCAAAGGCCAUAUUAUAUGCUCCUAUGCGUUCAGCGGUGGCUGAACCUAGUUCUCAAUCUCAUGGUCACUGCACUUGCUGUGAUUGUGAUGGCACUGGCUGUUAAUCUGAAGAGUACAACGACUGCUGGCCUGCUGGGCCUAGCGUUGAACAACAUUCUCGGAUUCAAUGAUUCAAUCUCGACGUUGGUGACGUCUUGGACAUCACUUGAGACUUCUCUUGGGGCCAUCGCGCGAGUCAAAACCUUUGCUGAGACGACACCUUCUGAGGACAAGCCCGGCGAUGUUUGUGAGCCACCUUCUGAAUGGCCGGCACGUGGUUCUAUUGAAAUCAACUGUGUUUCAGCCACAUAUGGUACCUCCGUUUCGGCUUUGAAUGGAAUCAGUAUGAGUAUAGCACCCGGACAGAAAAUAGGAAUCUGUGGGCGCACUGGAAGUGGCAAAAGCUCCCUACUCCUCACCCUUCUGCGCCUCCUCCCAGUCUCCUCAGGAUCCAUCACCAUCGACGGCCUCGACAUCAGCACUAUCUCCCACCAAGUCCUCCGCCAACGACUCACCGCCAUCCCACAAGAAUCGUUCAUCCUUCCCGGCACCGUGAGCGCCAACGCUGAUCCCCUCGGCCUCGCUUCAGACGCCGAAAUCAUCUCAGCGCUGACCAGAAUCGGGAUCUGGGACGCCCUCGAGAGUCGUAGCGGUCUCGACACAGUAUUGCUCGAGAACCCGCUCUCUCAAGGACAGCAUCAGUUACUCGGUCUCGCGAGAGCUAUGUUACGUAAGAGUAGUGUACUGAUUAUUGAUGAAGCGACGAGCAGUGUAGAUGGUGAGACGGAUCGAAUGAUCCAGCAGGUGAUUAGGGAAAGGUUUAAGGAGUGUACUGUUAUUAGCAUAGCGCAUAGACUUAAUACAAUCAUAGACUAUGAUAAGAUUGCCGUGAUGGAUGGGGGGAAGUUGGUGGAGUUUGAUACUCCGGAGAACUUACUUGCGAGGGAGAGUUUGUUUAAGGAGAUGUAUCGAGCGUAAACAUAGAGAUGUUUCCGUGUUUAGGCGCCGAGC